AUGUUAGGGAUUGAUUUGAGAUUCAAUGGUGUUCGUGCGUAUGCUUGGCGUGGUUUCAGUUCUCGACAUUUUCGCUUGUUGUCUACUCUUUGUCGAUUAACUAAUGAAACUGUAACUCAUGCUAUCAAAACCUUUGGUAUACAAAAACUGGUUACACUCGAUGUGAUCAAAGAAGAUGAUUUUAAUAUUCAAUUAAAUACCACUCUCAAUCAAUUUAAACAAACACUUAUAAUAAACUUUGAUCUUCUCAUUAACACGAUUCAACUUCUCAUUCAGUUACUAUUUAAUCUCACGGGUCCAGUAAACAUGAAAACGAAGAUAGUGGAUUGUAUCUGUGCUACUGAUCCUUAUUGUCAAACAUCAGUGGUUGAUCCUAUAGAUCAAAUGUAUAUUUGGAACCCUACCACAUCGUUUAAUGAGGUUCCGGGACAAGUUAUUGGUUGCUUCAAUUUUGAUUCUGUACUCCUGUCGACACUCGAAUGCUACUAUUCAGAUUCUUGUCUGGCUUUAAGUUAUAAAUAUAUAAACUUUACAUUGGAUCAAUUUGAUACAGGCCUCAAGAAAGUAAAUGCCAAGUUACUUGUUUAUGAUCCAGAAGCGAGUCGUUUUCCUCCAAAUACAUCAAUCGAAACGAUAUUGAAAGAAUUAAUGAUUGAACAGUGGAAUUCAUCAUUUGCAUUUGAUCGAUAUUAUGAAACCUGUGCGCCGAUCAAAUGUACUUACUCUCAAGUAACACGUACGAGUAGUUUUAUUGGAACAGUUCUAUUACUAAUGUCAUCGAUCGGUGGUCUUUCCGCUGCUCUACGGUUAAUAACACCGUUGUUGAUAAAAAUUAUUGUUCGUAUGAAAAGACAAAGAGCUCCAGGGCAGCCAAAACAACAAUCACAAGGUAAUUGUUUUUCAGAUCUUGAAUAUAUAUGUUCAAGUGUAUUUACUUCACGACAAUGGCAAACCAAUAUUACUAAAAGUCUUGUUCCUGAUCUUUCUGUUUAUCUUAUCAAAGAUUAUCGUCGUUUUGUUUCAUCUCAUCUUCAAUUUCUUUCUCAUUUAUGUGAUCUAGCCACAAAUUCUAUGAAUAAUACAAUUGAUCAAUUUCUUUCUUCGUUUCUGUUGACUAAUGAACUCCUAUCAUCUCAUGAACUAGAUAUGCAUAUUGAAUUACUUGUGGAUCAAACUCGAUUAAGUGCUCCUGUUAACUUUCAAAAUCGUCUUUUUCUCCUUCGAACAGCCAGUCAUGCUACACCUAUCAUUUCAACUUAUGGAACUAAUUUUCGCUUUAUCGUUCCAUGGCUUAAUGCCAAUUCUUCUUCUGCAAUAACUUAUGCAUUAACAUAUGACAAUAAUUGUUCGUGUGCAUUAGAUAUGACAUGCAAUACUCAAGCAGGAUUUUUUUCACAAAAUGGAUCUGUUUUUAUACCAAUUAAAGGUUUGAAAAUGGGUUGUACACCAAGUGAAGCAUUAUUAGGUUCGACAUUAGAAUGUUUCUAUGAUUCAUUGUGUAUCAAUCGUAUUCAAGAGUAUACUAUUGCUGCGAACAAUUCAAUAAACAUCAUUAAUUAUUCAUCACUUUCCAUUAACAAUAGUCGAUUCUUGAUCAAUUCAACAGUAAUGGAGCUUAUCAAUGAUCUUUUUAUAGAGGAUUGGAUGACAAAUAUAAGUUAUCCUGCAUAUUUUGCCAAAUGUUCACCCUCUUCAUGUUCGCAUUCUUUUAAACAACAAUAUAGUUUAAUCUAUACGAUAACUUUGUUAAUUGGCCUCUAUGGUGGAUUAACAUUCAUUUUCAAAUGGAUAUGUCCUAAAUUAGUUGUGUUGUUCAGUAAAAUGUAUCGAUAUUUGAAAAAACGAAGAAAUAUUGUUCAAUCCGAUUUAUCAAUCACUGUAACGACUGUUGAAAACACUGUUACUAUACAACAAACAACUAAUGUUCACAAUAUCGUUGUACAUUCAGAUGAACAACCUACAAGUUCAUUACAUACGAUGCAAUUUUCUUCGAGAACAAAUCGGUUUUUCAUCUUGGGGAUUAUACUAUUCGUAGUUAUGAUAAUUGCUUUAGUCAUUGUGUCUAUUUACUUGAAUCUUUUGGCGAAACGAAUUGAUACAAUAUUUACAAUACCAUCAACAGUGAGUACAAUGAUCACAACACCCAGUAUGAUCAUUUCAUCAACGCCAGAAUCACUUUGUCAAGUGACAUUUCAAUUAUCAUCAACGUACCCGACUAAUGGUAAUACUUAUGGAUCUCAUCUUGCGGCAGGUGAUUUCGAUAACAAUGGCUAUUUAGAUAUUCCUUUUGUUAAUCCAGGACCUGACACUAUGGCAAUAUUAUUGAAUAAUAACGAUGAAAGUUUUAGAGUGCAAAUACUUUAUUCAUUCGAACAACAAGAUGACCCACAAUGGAUUGUUGUUGAAGAUUUUAAUAACGAUGGCCAUGCAGAUAUCGUUGUCAUUCAUUAUACAGGUUACAUGAUGAGUAUCUUUCUUAGUAAUGACGAUGAAACUUUUCAGACUCGAAUGACAUCGUCAACAAGACCUAUAUUUGGUGGAAAAACUGCUGUUACUGUUGAUUUUAAUGGUGAUGGUAAUUUAGAUCUCAUUAUUGGUGGUGACGGUUUGUGUGUAAAGUUUGGUGAUGGUACAGGUACUUUUAGUGCAUCAUUGGUGGUUGCAGCUGAUAUCGUAUCUACAGACAUGAUUAUGACUGGCCAUUUCAAUGAUGAUGAUCAACUUGAUCUGGUUGUCUUGGACAGUUAUGAUGCGAAUAUAAAAGUUCUAUUGAAUGAUGGUCGUGGAGAUUUCAGAUUAUCUACCGAAUUUUCCACUGGACAGUAUUCUAAUCCAAAUUCAUUUACUUUGUCUGACUUCAAUAAUGAUAAUCGCUUGGAUUUGGCUGUUGCGAAUACAGAUAAGAGUAAUAUAGGCGUUUUUCUUCAGAAUAGCAAUGAAACAUUUAGUCAAAAAAUAACAUAUUUUACUGGAACAUACAGUCAUCCAACUACGAUAGUAGCAGCGGAUUUUAAUAAUGAUGGUCAGAUAGAUCUGAUUGUCACCAAUAAGUAUUUGCAUAAUUUUGGUAUUUUUCUUGGGUCCGGUGAUGGAACAUUUUUCCCAUCAUCGACGUUUUCCACGGGCCCCGAUAGCACACCGACAGAACUUAUUGCAAGAGACUUCAACAAUGACAGAAAAUUAGAUCUUGCGGUUGUGGAUGAAACAAAUAAUAAUAUACUUAUUUUAUUCAAUACAUGUACUUGUUGUGUUGAUGGAGUUCUUCAACAACAAUAG